AUGUCAGAUGUAAAGAAAGGCAAACCAAAAAAGAGACCAUAUAGAGAUGAAAGCACACUGACAAAUGACCAGAAAGCCAUUUUGGAAGCUCUUAAGCAAACAGGAAACCCAGCACUUAUAGAAAGCUUUUGGAAAGAUAAUGGUGAAAAGAAGUUUUAUAAGAAGAGAAGCGGUCAGUUCUGGAAGUAUCUUUGCACAUUACCUAUAAAUCUUGAACGCUACCAAAUCUUCAAUGAACUGAACAAAAGAACUGCAACACUUAUGACAGAGGACAAUUGUUUCGUUUAUGCUUGCAUUCAGGCUGGAGUAAAUGAAGAAACUAUUGACCACAUGAGAGAAGUCAUUCGUGUUAGAGACUUUCCUCAAAGUAAAGUACAAGAAAUUUCCGAUUCAACAGGUAUAGCAUUUAAUGUUACCAUUGGUUAUUUCAAUGACUCAAGACAUAAUGAAAUAAAGAGAUAUAUACCAAAAGAAUGCGAAACUGUUAGAACUAUUGACUUACUUCUUGUUGAAGACCACUACAUGCUAAAUGAAAGAUUACCAAUGACAACAUACUUCAUUCGAAACUAUAUAGAAAUCUUGAAGGAGUGUGGUGGAAUGAACAUUGAGAAACAGAUGAAGAUUUAUACAAAGAGAGAAGAUAAAUAUGUAGUUCGUUAUGAUAGAACAACACCGCUAUGGGAUGUUAUGAAAACAUUGUGGGAGUGCAAAUAUUUCGAACCUAUUUCUUAUGGAGAACUUUUCACAUAUACUACUGACUUAUAUAAACAGAACCUUGCACCAUUUAAAGAUUUGACAUAUGCUCCAAAGUAUUGUGUACAACUGAAGAAGAAAGCAGAGUCAAAAGAAGUAAAUAAAGCUAAAUGUAAAUUCAUUCCUGAGCACGUUUUCUUUGCUGACUUUGAGUGUAGCACAGACGGCUUUCAUAAAGCUUUUAACAUCUGUUAUGACAGUGAAGAUGGUUCAGUGAGUGAAAGCAUUUGGGGUCAAAACUGUGCAACAGAAUUUUUGGAAAGACUUCCUGACAAGAGUUUAAUAUAUUUCCACAACCUCAGUUAUGACAUAAACUUCAUCUUAAGACACAUGACAGAAGUGAAAGGAACUCCCAUCAUUAAAGGUUCACGAACAAUGCAAAUAACUGGUUUAUAUAAAGGACGGGCAAUUAUUAUAAAAGACUCUUACAGUGUUAUAAAUAAGAAGCUUAAACUAUUUCCUGCUAUGUUUAACUUACAAACAGGACCGAAAGAAGUAUUUCCAUAUAACUACUACAGCAGUGUUUUGUUAGCAAAUGACAACAGAACUGGUGUCAUUUCUGAAGCAUGUAAGUUUAUCCAUGAUGCAGAUACAUUCAUGAAAAACAUAGAUUCCAUCAAAGGUUGCAGAAUAGAUGAAAACCACUUCGACUUAGAAAAAUAUAGCAC